UGGCGCGGCUCUGGAGCCCCAAACCUGCGCUGCCAGCUCAGCCGCCCCACAUCCCCGCUCUGCUCCUCUCUGCUUUCACCACGGCUCCCCUCCACGCCCCACACCAGCAGCCCCCACCCCACAGAGCCCCCCUAGAUUUGGGGGAGGAGGGUGGGAUCCCGAGAGAUCCUAUGGGGACCUGGAGGUUGGGGUCCACCAAUGCCCCAGAGAUCCUAUAGGGUGCUAUAGGGGCUGCUCAGUACCCCAGAGAUCCUAUAGGGUGCUAUAGGGGCUGCUCAGUGCCCCAGAGAUCCUAUAGGGUGCUAUAGGGGCUGCUCAGUACCCCAGAGAUCCUAUAGGGUGCUGUAGGGGCUGCUCAGUGCCCCAGAGAUCCUAUAGGGUGCUGUAGGGGCUGCUCAGUGCCCCAGAGAUCCUAUGGGCUGCAGGCACAGCGAGCAGCUGUUGGCUGCUGUGGGGCUGCUGUUGGCGUUGGGUUCUGUUGGCUGGCGGCGCGGUGUGGGGCUGUGGGUGAGGCUUCUUGCGGUCUGGGGGCUUCUGGGGGUCCCUGCCCUCCUGCCCACGCUGCCCUUGGGAUCCACCGCUUCUUCCUGGAGGGAUUGGGAUCCACAACUCCUCCACCGGGUGCUGGGAUCCAUGAGCUUGCGCUGGCGGUGGGGCUGUGGGUGCGGUGGGGGGCUGGGGGCUGAGGCGGCCCCAUAACGGCCCCAUAACGGCCCCGUGGCCGCAGGUGAUCCGCAGGGGCUGGCUGACCAUCAACAACAUCAGCAUCAUGAAGGGCGGCUCCAAGGAGUACUGGUUCGUGCUGACGGCCGAGUCGCUCUCCUGGUACAAGGAUGAGGAGGAGAAGGAGAAGAAGUACAUGCUGCCCUUGGACAACCUCAAGAUCCGCGACGUGGAGAAGGGCUUCAUGUCCAACAAGCACGUCUUCGCCAUCUUCAACACGGAGCAGCGGAACGUGUACAAGGACCUGCGGCAGAUUGAGCUGGCCUGCGACUCGCAGGAGGACGUGGACAGCUGGAAGGCGUCGUUCCUGCGGGCCGGGGUCUACCCUGAGAAGGACCAG